AUGUCGAAGAGCGGAUCCGAUGUGGAGACUGAUCUGUCCAAGGUCAAUAUGGAUCGUGGGGGCAAAUCAAAGAGGGAACGAUCUAGAGAUGUUGUAGCCAUGAUGGAGAAGCGGCUUUCUAAGAUGGAGAUUGCCGUGGUCGAGUUCGAUCAGCGACUCGAGGAGGACGUCCUUACGAAGGGUGGCUUCGAAGCUGUGGUGGAUGAGCUUCAAGGCCAAUUCCAAGGAGCCCUCAACUCCGCACUGGACAGCAUGCGGCUAGAUGUCCAAACCAAGCUGGAUCACUUCUUAGCGGAGCUUACUUCGCUUCGUGAGGAGGUGAAGGAUGUGAAGGGAGAUUGGGCUUUGUGCAAGGAAGCUGUCUUGAACAAGACCCCGGACUCCGAAGGAACCCAAGGUGUUAGAUUCUUUCAAGCCCAAAUCCUAUAA